UUGACAUUACAAGGUCAAAUUUGUCUAAAAUUUAUUGCAAAUGCAAAAGUUUGCCGAAUUUAAAUAGUACAGAAAAUAUAAAUUAAUUAAUAACCGUAAUAAAAAUACAAAAAUGGCUUUGAACAAACUCAGUAUUGAUGCUAUUACCUUGAGUGGCAAACGUGUAUUGAUGAGAGUGGAUUUCAACGUACCACUGAAAGAAGGCGUGAUCACCAAUAACCAACGCAUAGUAGCUGCUUUGGAUUCAGUGAAAUAUGCCUUGGACAAAGGUGCUAAAUCCGUGGUUUUAAUGUCCCACCUUGGUAGACCGGACGGUCAAGCAAAUCUUAAAUACACGCUAAAGCCUGUCGCUGAAGAACUUAAAAAGUUAUUAAAAAGAGAUGUCACUUUCCUCCCUGAUUGUGUGGGGCCGGAAGUUGAAGCAGCCUGUGCAGACCCACCUGCAGGAUCCCUCAUAUUGCUGGAGAAUGUGCGCUUCCACAUUGAAGAGGAGGGCAAAGGAGUUGAUGCCAGUGGAGCCAAGGCGAAGGCUGAUCCAGAAAAGGUUAAAGCUUUCCGAGCUAGCCUUAGGAAGUUGGGCGAUGUUUAUAUUAAUGAUGCCUUUGGCACAGCACAUAGAGCUCACAGCUCCAUGAUGGGAGAAGGCUUUGAGCAAAGGGCUAGUGGAUUUUUACUCAAGAAAGAGCUUCAGUACUUUGCUAAAGCUCUCCAUGAACCUGAGAGGCCAUUCCUUGCCAUUCUGGGUGGUGCCAAAGUGGCAGACAAAAUCCUUCUUAUCGAGAAUCUAUUGGACAAAGUUAAUGAAAUGAUAAUUGGAGGUGGUAUGGCCUACACUUUCCUUAAGGAAACAAAGGGUAUGCCGAUUGGCAACUCUUUAUAUGACGCUGAAGGUGCAAAAAUUGUUGCAAAAUUGCUAGAAAAGGCAGCUAAGAAUAAUGUGAAGGUUCAUUUGCCUGUAGAUUUUAUAACGGCUGACAAGUUUGAUGAAAAUGCCCAGGCUGGCACUGCUGAUGUUGAGAGUGGUAUCCCUGAGGGCUGGAUGGGUUUGGAUGUGGGACCUAAAUCUAGGGAGCUGUUUGCAGCACCUAUUGCUCGAGCUAAAGUUAUUGUAUGGAAUGGGCCAGCCGGCGUGUUUGAGUUCGAGAAGUUUGCGGGCGGCACCCGCGCUCUCAUGGACGACGUUGUCAAGGCGACGGCUAACGGAACCAUCACUAUCAUUGGCGGUGGUGAUACGGCGACCUGUUGCGCAAAGUGGGGCACAGAAGACAAAGUGUCGCACGUCUCUACUGGAGGAGGCGCCUCCCUCGAAUUGCUUGAAGGUAAAGUGCUCCCAGGCGUAGCAGCCUUGUCCGAUGUUUAAUUUAUUAUUUCAUAACUUUUACAUUUGUAUGAGUAAGUGUUUAGUUAUUUGAAUUUUGGAUGAAUAUGUAUAAAACAGUGUAAAAUAUAUGUUACGAAUAGCAUUAUUUAUUGAGUGUUAAGAUUAAAUGAUAUGUGUAAUCAA